UCCCGCCUUGCGGUCCGUGCUGUGUGUUGAUUGGAUGCACUGGGCGUCGCCCCGCCCCCUGAGACCCGUAUUAAACAGCCUCGGUGUUUUCGCUGCUUGUUUUCCAGCCGACGGGGAGCAGAAGUCUGUAGAGAUGGAGUGGCGGUCAGUAGCAGUGUUUGGGUUGACCCUGUGUGUAGUGUACGUGAGCGGGUUUCCUGCAGAGCUCUCAGAGGACGGGAAGAACUGGGCCGUGAUUGUGGCCGGAUCCAACGGCUGGUACAACUACAGACACCAGGCUGAUGUUUGCCACGCGUAUCAGAUCCUCCAUAAGAACGGAAUCCCUGAUGAGCAGAUUGUGGUGAUGAUGUAUGAUGAUCUGGCUCAAAAUGAGCAAAAUCCUACUAAAGGAAUCGUCAUCAACAGGCCGAACGGAACCGACGUCUAUAAAGGCGUUCUGAAGGACUACGUCGGCGACGAUGUGACUCCUCAGAACUUCCUGGCUGUGCUGAAGGGCGAUUCGGCCAACGUGAAGGGCGGAUCGGGAAAAGUGCUGAAGAGCGGCCCCAACGAUCACGUGUUUGUGUACUUCACGGAUCACGGCGCUCCCGGGCUCCUGGCCUUCCCCAACGAUGAUCUUCACGUCACCGACCUGAUGGAUGCCAUUCAGUACAUGCGCAAAAACCAGAAGUACAAGAAGAUGGUGUUCUACAUCGAGGCGUGCGAGUCUGGCUCUAUGAUGAAGCCUCUGCCUGUGGACAUCGAUGUUUAUGCCACAACUGCCGCGAACCCUCAUGAGUCGUCCUACGCCUGUUACUAUGACGAGGCCAGAGACACCUAUCUGGGAGACUGGUACAGCGUUAACUGGAUGGAGGACUCCGACAAGGAGGAUCUGACUAAGGAGACGCUGGCUAAGCAGUUUAAAAUCGUUAAAAGCCUCACCAACACCAGCCACGUCAUGCAGUACGGAAACAAGACUCUGUCUCAUAUGAAGGUGAUCGAGUUCCAGGGUAACUCUCUGGGCGGAGCUCCGGGCACUGAACCCGUAUCGUUGCCCCCGGUUACAGAGCGUGACCUCACGCCCAGCCCGGACGUCUACCUAUCCAUCCUGAAGAGGAAGCUCAUGAAGAGCAAUGACAUCACUGCAGCCAGGGGAUACCUGAUGGAGAUCAAUGCCCACCUGAAGGUGCGUAAGCUGCUGGCGGACACCAUGCGGCUUGUGUCCGAGCAAGUGGUGCAGGAGCAGCGAGAGGUCCAGAACGUUCUGGACGAGCGCCAGGAGGUCACCCAGCACGAGUGUUACAGAGACACACUCACACACUUCAAAACACACUGCUUCAACUGGCACGACCAGCAGUACGAGUACGCUCUCAGGCACCUGUACGUGCUGGUGAAUCUGUGCGAGAGAGGACACGAGGCCCAGAGGAUCAUGUUGGCCAUGGAUAAGGUCUGCUACUUCAGACAGUGAAGACGUCCUGGCGCUCCCCCACAGGCCCAGUGGAUCUGACCGCUGUGACCCGCCUGGUGGAGUCUUGCUGGAUGAUCUUGCUUUUUGCACAAAGGAAUCAAAAUCUGAAAAUUUUAUUUGUUAUGAACACACUGCAAUCACACUAUUUUUUUGCUUUUGAUAUUUCUUGUUUUUCACUGAGCGUAAUUGUUUUGAGGAGAAUUGCACUAUUUUAAAAUGAUGCUUCGUUUUUUUGAGAAUGUGAAUAUUUUAUCUGUUGGGAAUUUGGACAGAACUGGUGGGAAAAGGUCAUAACAGCAAGUGCAACGUAACCUCAGACGCUAAACUGGCCAUAAAACUGACUAAAGAUGCUGAAGUGGGCGUGGUCAACACUGAAUUUAGCCUGUUAAAGCAGUCAUACUGAUACGUACACUGACCCUCUUGCUUAUAAACACUUUUAGAUUUACUGCCCGAUGGAUUUUAGCACCAGAGCUCACUAGUGCCCCCUAGUGGUUGUAGGUAUUGCAUUCAUUUCAGCUUUCAGAAUCUGCCUCUGCUGCCAGAUGUGUGCGUCAGUUCCACAUGAAUAAUAUAGUAUAUAAUAUAUAAACACGUUUAUUAUUUCAACUGACUUACUUUUACAAACUAGCGUUAUUAUAUUCAUGUGACACUGAUUACACAUUUGAAUCAGUUCCGAUCAGAAAGUGUUUUUCAGUGUGUUUGCUUGUUGCAGCGCUGCAGGAGACGAAGCCUCGAGCUCAUAGCUUUUAUAAAGUGUCCUUAUGAAGAUUUAUUGGAAACGGAAAUGUAGCUUUUUAGUGUUUUUGGUUUUAAACCUGUUUUGGGGAGAGAUCUCCGUCUGCGGCGGCGCCGAUCACUGUUUGAGUUCUGAUGCUGCUGAAGCCUUGAAUCUGCCUGCGUUACUCAUUUCACAGAAACAGCAUGGAUCCGUGAUAAAAACACCUAAAAACCUCCACUACCGUCUGUGAAGCUGCAUGUGAGUGAGGUGCUUUAUAACCGGCAGGGUAUCGCGCCUAAACUGCUGUGUGUUAUAGACACUUUAUAGGUAAUAAUAGUAAUAAUUCAUUACAUAGUCAGUCCAUAAAGGGCCCGGUCGGAGUGGGAGAUCAGCCCUAAACCAAAGCAGUCUGACGUUAUGUGCUUCUCUCCGUUCAGUUGUGAAACUUACUGAUUAAAGGAAUAAAUCGGAAAACUGA